GUCAUCCCGCUGUAGCCAAUCAGCAGCGGGGUGGGGGGCGUGCUCUGUGACUGUCGCCGCCCUGCCGCCGUUCCGCUGCGCAUUAAAGGUCACUGCUAUCACUCUGUAGCUAACCACCGAAGGAAGCGGAGGAGUCCCAGCAAAGGAAGGUGCAGGAAAGAACCGGCUAAAACAAGCAACAUGUCUCUGUCUAACAAACUCACCCUGGACAAGGUGGACGUCAAGGGGAAGCGGGUCAUUAUGAGGGUGGACUUCAACGUUCCAAUGAAGGACAAGCAGAUCACAAACAACCAGAGGAUCAAGGCGGCCGUUCCCACCAUCCAGCACUGCCUGGACCACGGCGCCAAAUCUGUUGUGCUGAUGAGCCACCUGGGCCGCCCUGACGGAAACUUUGUGCCUGAGAAAUACUCCCUGCAGCCCGUCGCUGCCGAGCUCAAGACCCUGCUGGGGAGGGACGUUACCUUCCUGAAGGACUGCGUGGGUGCGGAGGUGGAGGCUGCCUGCGCCGACCCCGCCACCGGAUCCGUCAUCUUGCUGGAGAACCUUCGCUUCCACGUCGCCGAGGAGGGAAAAGGCAAGGACGCCUCCGGAAACAAGACGAAGGCCUCCCAGGGGGAUAUUGACUCCUUCAGGGCAUCUCUGUCCAAACUCGGAGACGUUUACGUCAAUGACGCCUUCGGCACGGCUCACAGAGCCCACAGCUCCAUGGUGGGAGUCAAUCUGUCACAGAAGGCGGCUGGCUUCCUGAUGAAGAAGGAGCUGGACUACUUUGCCAUGGCUCUGGAGAAACCUCAGAGGCCCUUCCUGGCCAUCCUUGGAGGAGCAAAGGUGAAAGAUAAGAUCCAGCUGAUCAACAACAUGUUGGAUAAGGUUGACGAGAUGAUCAUCGGCGGCGGCAUGGCCUUCACCUUCCUCAAAGUCCUCAACAACAUGGAGAUCGGUACCUCCCUGUACGAUGAGGAGGGGGCUGCCAUCGUCAAGGACCUGAUGGCCAAAGCAGAGAAGAACGGCGUCAAGAUCACGCUGCCCGUCGACUUCAUCACCGCCGACAAGUUUGACGAGAAAGCGGCCACCGGCACGGCGACCGUCGCUGCCGGCAUCCCCGCCGGCUGGAUGGGUUUGGACUGUGGACCAGAGAGCUGCAAGGCCAACGCGGAGGUGGUGGGCAGGGCCAAGCAGAUCGUGUGGAACGGCCCAGUUGGUGUGUUCGAGUGGGAGAACUUUGCCAACGGAACGAAGAGCAUGAUGGACAAAGUGGUCGAGGUGACCAAAUCAGGCUGCAUCACAAUCAUCGGCGGGGGCGACACCGCCACCUGCUGCGCCAAGUGGAACACAGAAGACAAGGUCAGCCAUGUCAGCACAGGAGGCGGCGCCAGCCUGGAGCUGCUGGAGGGUAAAGUCCUGCCAGGUGUGGACGCACUGAGCAGCGUCUAAACUUCCCAUCAGCCCGCUGGUGUUUGUGUGAAUGUGUGCGUGGAAGUGUGCGUGUGUGCAAGAGGUGUGUAACUACUCCUGUUUACUCCUGAAACCUUAAAAACAAACGCACCUGCUUUACCAGCCAUUUAAUCAUCUAUUCAGUGAUUGUUUUUAAAGUAAAACCAGAGAAUAAUUUACUGUCGAUGCUGUCUGUAACAAGUUCUGCCUUACUUCAACACGCAGAGGGAACUCUACAAGUCAAACUGCUGCAAAUAGAAACCAGUAGAUCAAAUGGUUUAAGGUGGAUGUUGUCGAUUGCUCAGAUGAUGCAUUUUCCUGUUGACCUGCUAAAUUAAACGACUGAAACGCAUCAUGUUACUGUUCCCUGAAUCGGGGUUUAUUCUGACCGUUUACCCCUUAAGCACUUAAACACCGGCUCCUGUGUGAAUGUGUGUAAUAGCUGUGUCACUUUUGCAUACUUACCCUUUGGAAAUGUCACUGCACCACCCUCCAUGUGUAUACAUACAGGAUAUAUAUAAAGAAACGUUUGUCUUUUGUGUGUACGUAGACGUUAUGUCUAAAUCUGGUCCUUGGUUUCUGAGCUGCUUCAGACGGACACGUGGUGUAUCUCUCACCUGAUCUGUUCAGAUUAAUAAAACCGUCUCUGUAAGAACUU